CAAACUCCAAAAUGGAAUAUAAUGUAACUUUCUCCAUCAUCCUCUUGAAUCCUCCAACCUAAAAAGGAGUGGCAAAGAUGACUACGCUUUCUGAAGCCUACAAGGAACACCCUCUAAGCCUUCAACACAUUAUCCCUUUAGACUUUCAAUCACUCCAUAAAGUCCCUGAUUCUCAUCUCUGGCCUAAAAUCACUGACCCCAAACAAUAUGCAUCAAUACCAACCGUUGAUCUCUUGGCUCCAAAUGUUGUGGAGCUUAUAGGCCAUGCUUGUGAGACAUGGGGGAUGUUUCAUGUUGUUAACCAUGGAGUUUCCUCCGCCCUUGUUGAUGAGGUUGAGUCUCAAGCUUACCGGCUUUUCUCCCUCCCGGCGAGUCGCAAGAUGAAGGCCUUGAGGUCGCCCGGCGGCGCCACCGGCUACGGCGCCGCAAGGAUUUCACCUUUUUUCCCUAAGUUGAUGUGGCAUGAAGGGUUUACCAUCAUGGGCUCCCCAGCUGAUCAUGCCAGACAACUUUGGCCCCAUGACCAUCAACAUUUCUGUGACACAAUGGAGAAUUAUCAAAAGAAGAUGAAAGCCCUAGCUUUCAAACUCUUCCUGCUAACCCUAAACUCCAUCGGAGCUUCAGAGCAACACCUGAAAUGGAUCAACCCUUCUUCGUCUUCUCCGGCGGCCACCCAAUCCGAAGGCGCUUUACAGCUCAACUCUUACCCACGCUGCCCAAACCCUACCCAUGCAAUCGGCUUAGUUCCCCACACCGACUCCCUCUUCCUAACAAUCCUCCACCAGAGCGCCGCCACCGACGGCCUCCAAGUCUUCAAGCAAGGUCUCGGCUGGGCGCCGGUCGUCCCCGUCGCCGGCGGCCUGGUCGUCAACGUCGGCGACCUCCUCCACGUCCUCUCCAACGCCAGGUUCCCAACGGUCUACCAUCGCGCCGUCGUGAACGAGUCGGUGCAUAGGGUCUCCGUGGCGUAUUUCUAUGGACCGCCGGUUGAUUCCGUGGUGGCUCCGGUGGUGCGGCGUGAUGGCGACGGAGCUCCGGCGUAUCGGACGGUGAGAGUGAAAGAUUACCUGAGCAUGAAGGCCAUGCACCUCGACAAGGCGCUUUCUUUUAUCAGACUUUGAAGAAUAUAAUAUUAUAUAUAUGAUCACAAAAACUUGUGCACGGAUCCAUACCUUUUAAACGGGUUA